ACAAAACUUGCGUCGCCGAUCGCACGACUGGACUUGAAUGGAAGGAGCCCGCGCCAGCGGACCGCAGCCGAGACUCGGGAGAGCGCGGUCAGCCGGCGGGGCGCGGCGCGGCGCGGGGGCGCAGCAGGCACCAUGGCCCGGAGCAGGGCACUGCUGCUCCUGCUGCUGUUGCCGCUGCAGCUGCAGCUGGGACCGGGGCUCGCCGUGAGGGCCCCCGUGUCUGGCCGAAGUGGAGCCCACAGCCUGAGCCCUGAAGAGAAUGAAUUCGUGGAAGAGGAGCCGGUGCUGGUCCUGAGCCCUGAGGAGCCGGGGCGCGGCCCGCCCACCAUCGACUGCCCCCGAGACUGUGCCUGCUCCCAGGAGGGGGUCGUGGACUGCGGCGGCAUCGACCUGCGCGAGUUCCCGGGGGACCUGCCUGAGCACACCAACCACCUGUCCCUGCAGAACAACCAGCUGGAGAAGAUCUACCCCAGGGAGCUCUCCCGGCUGAAUCGGCUAGAGACUCUGAACCUCCAGAACAACCGCCUGACUUCCCGAGGGCUCCCGGAGGAGGCAUUUGAGCAUCUGAUCAACCUCAAUUACCUGUACCUGGCCAAUAACAAGCUGACCUUGGCACCCCGGUUCCUGCCAAAUGCCCUGAUCAGUGUGGACUUUGCUGCCAACUAUCUCACCAAGAUCUACGGGCUCACCUUUGGCCAGAAGCCAAACUUGAGGUCUGUGUACCUGCACAACAACAAGCUGGCGGAUGCUGGGCUGCCGGACAACAUGUUCAAUGGCUCCAGCAACGUGGAGAUCCUCAUCCUGUCCAGCAACUUCCUGCGCCACGUGCCCAAGCACCUGCCACCUGCCCUGUACAAGCUGCACCUCAAGAACAACAAGCUGGAGAAGAUCCCACCAGGGGCCUUCAGUGAGCUGAGCAACCUGCGUGAGCUGUACCUGCAGAACAACUACCUGACUGAUAAGGGCCUGGACAACGAGACCUUCUGGAAGCUCUCCAGCCUGGAGUACCUGGAUCUGUCCAGCAACAACCUGUCGCGGGUCCCGGCAGGGCUGCCGCGCAGCCUGGUGCUGCUGCACCUGGAGAAGAACGCCAUCCGGAGCGUGGACGCAGACGUGCUGACCCCCAUCCGCAGCCUCGAGUACCUGCUGCUGCACAGCAACAAGCUGCGCGCGCAGGGCAUCCACCCGCGGGCCUUCCAGGGCCUCAAACGGCUGCACACGGUGCACCUGUACAACAACGCGCUGGAGCGCGUGCCCAGUGGCCUGCCCCGCCGCGUGCGCACCCUCAUGAUCCUGCACAACCAGAUCACCGGCAUCGGCCGCGACGACUUUGCCACCACCUACUUCCUGGAGGAGCUCAACCUCAGCUACAACCGCAUCACCAGCCCGCAGGUGCACCGCGAUGCCUUCCGCAAGCUGCGCCUGCUGCGCUCCCUGGACCUGUCAGGCAACCGGCUGCGCACGCUACCGCCCGGGCUGCCGCGCAACGUGCACGUGCUGAAGAUCAAGCGCAAUGAGCUGGCCGCCCUGGCGCGCGGGGCGCUGGCCGGCAUGGCCCAGCUGCGGGAGCUCUACCUCACGGGCAACCGGCUGCGCAGCCGGGCCCUGGCCCCCCGUGCCUGGGCCGACCUCGCUGGUCUGCAGCUGCUCGACAUCGCCGGGAAUCAGCUCACGGAUAUCCCCGAGAGGCUCCCCGAGUCUCUCGAGUACCUGUACCUGCAGAACAACAAGAUCAGUACUGUGCCCGCCAAUGCCUUUGACUCCACACCCAACCUCAAAGGGAUCUUUCUCAGGUUUAACAAGCUGGCUGUGGGCUCUGUGGUGGAAAGUGCCUUCCGGAGGCUGAAGCACCUGCAGGUCUUGGACAUAGAAGGCAACCAUGAGUACGGUGAUGUUUCCAAGGACCGGGGCCGGUUGGAAGAGGAAGAGGAGGAGAAGGACAAGGACGAGGAGGAUGAGGAGGACAAGGAAAGGUGGUAGUGACAGGGUAACCGGCUCUGACAUAGGAUGACGGACCGCUGGAGCCUUUCUGCAGCACGUGCCUGAGCCUUGUGCGUCCCCACUCUGCCUCGCUCACAGACACACCCAGCGCAGCACCUGCCGGGCCCCCGCUCCGCACACAGGCUGGACCCAGUCUCCCACACCCACCCCUUCCUGCAGCUCAUCCGCAGCCAGACACAUGCAGACACUGCACCCACACACACCACACAGCUGCACAUCAUCCUCCAAAUGUCCCACUCUCACUCCACACCCAACACCGCCAUCACUUCCUGAGUCCUGCAGACUCGAGGAAGGGUUUGACCUGCCCCGGCACUCAUGGGUGCCUGUUCCCUGCCCCGUGGACACACGUACAUACACACACAUACACGAGUCACACGCAAACAGCCCUCCUUGGCCUAUGCUGCCAAGAGCUCUUGCCCCAGCCAGAAAUGGCCAGAGCAGCUUGCUGGCUGACUGUCUGCCCGUCCGUCUGUCCCUUGCGGAAGACACAGAGUUACCUCCAUCCUCUCUGCGGCCAGGUGCCUGCACCCUCUGGAAUUCACAAAAGCUGGCUUUUGUUCCUUUCCCUCCAUUUGGGGACAGGAACCUUCAGGACUGCUGCCCUGGCCCGCCCACCCGGCUCCCCACCACUGGGGCCGUCACUCCCCGCCAGGCCCUGGCCGGCUGCAGGCACGUCUCUGAUGGACCAGCCCCCCUGAGGCCAGAGGGAAGGUCUGGGGCCGCUAGGGCCCUUGGGCUGGAACUAGGCGGAGGCCAUGGGGCCGGGCACAGCAAGAGCGAAGGGCCCAGCUGCACCGAUGAGAGAACUUUUUUAUUCUUUGGGCCUGAGGGGAGUUCUGGGUGCCUUUGGUUUUUUUAUUCUUUUUUAAGGAAAAAAAAAUGAUAAAAACUUCAAAGCAGAUUUUUCUUGUUACAGAAAAACUAAUAUAAAAGCA